AUGGAUGCCGCUAGUCAAAAUGGUAAUGCUCUCAUUGCAUUUGGAGCUUUAUCAGGUGCAGGAAUUAUUCUUGCUUUUGCAAGAACAUGGAAAUGGUUUUCAAGAUCUGGAAGAGACGUAAUCGAUUUAGCAACAAUCGGUAAAUUUUUUGCAUACAUAUGCGGCAUUAUUGGUACCGUUCUUUUGCUUGUUACAGCUGGUGUUUCAAUUUGGUAUCUAAUAUUUAUCAAAAAUAUACCUGAAAUUACUGAUACAAAUAAAGAACAAAUAAAAAAUUUAUUGGAAACUUUUUUAAUUACUUCAUUUGUAUUAAAAUUAGUCGAUAUAAUUCAUAUAAUCAUAAGACAAACAAGAAUCGAAAUAUUUUUUAUGGAUUGGGAAAGACCAAAAAAAGGCGAUUCUGAGAAUGUAUCAGUCUGGCGAACAUAUUUUGCUGCCAAUGAAUUGAAUGAAAUCCAAACGUUUCGUCGUGUAAAUGUGCCUUUUCAACUUUUAUUUGUUUUAUUUUUUCUUAAAGUGAUUAAUUUUGAAAGUUAUUCUUGUGGUGAUGACACAUUUAUCUCUUCAUUGUCUAACUUCAAUUGUUUGCGAUCCGAUGCGAUUGUUCGCAUAGCUGUUGCUUUCUUCGUAUUACUUGGGACUGCUGUUGUUCAAAAUUUAUUUUUUACAAUCUUUUAUCAACGUUUUAUUGAAGAUAAAAUCACUAAUUUCAUUGAUUUAUGCUCAGUAUCAAAUAUAAGUGUAUUUAUUCUUGAUGAAAAUUUGCAUGGAUAUUAUAUUCAUGGUCGAUCACCGCACGGAAUGACCGAUGUCAAUAUGAAAGAUACAGUUAUGAAUUUAUAUCGUGAAGAAAAUAGAAUGAGUGGUACCAGAGGUUUAGAACCAAAUUCAGAUGAACAAAUAUUUAUCAUGAAAAUUAAUAGAAGCUUUCAAAGACAAUAUCAAUCAUUGCUCCGAACUUAUUAUGGCUAUACUGGACCACGAAAAACACGACAAGACGCUGAACGCUAUACAGAUCUACUUCUGCAAGCUUAUCAAAACUUAAAUGGAUUUUUAUGUGCAUUUAUUGACCAAUCAUUGUCUUCACACCAAUAUAUACUUCGUAAUCGAUUCUUUCUAGAGAGAAUUCUCGAUUAUGAAUUUCGCGUUCGAACAAGAUCUGAUUUUGAUGGGCAAAUAACUAAUUUCUUUUUUACUGAUAAUGAAAAAACUUUUACAAAUAUUUUAUUUUGCGGUGAACAAAGUACUUUAGUUAUAUGGAAUAUGAUUACAUUUCUCUUCAUUGAUAUUCUUGCUCAGAAUUAUGUCUUAGCAGCUAUUUUGACCUAUGCAAUCGAUUUCAUCUUCGUUGGUAUUCGUAAUUCAUUUGGCCGCAAGAAUCUAUCUAAAAAGACAUUGAUUCCAAAGAACUUUUUGAUCUAA